GCCUAACCCAGCCCAAGGUCAAAAAAGACAGGAUGAAUAUGACGCCUUCCCCAGCUCUGCACCAAACUCUGUUUCUGUUUGUUUCUUGCUCUCUACAACCUCGUUCACUUUGCUGCUUAUUUUUAUUUUAUUUCUCGUUUUCCUUCUCUUCUUUUCUAUCCGGGCAGAUAUUCCGUACUGCCUGCAAACAUAAAAAGAUAAGCAACAAAAUAGAUGAACGCCGCACUAGCAGACGAAAACGACCCCCUUUUGGGCGCAGUCGCGGAGCAACAUGUCCGCCAUGCGGUGACCGAGGACCCUGACGACAUUGGCCCCGACUCUCAGGAGUCGGGCGCCGUUCUGGUCGAUGGAGAGCUUCUCGAUUUUGACCCUAAAGGCGACCCGGACAACCCCAUGGAGUGGGCGCCCGCCUUCAAAUGGAGCAUUGUCAGCUUGUUGGCCCUUUUUGCAUUCUGCAUCACCUUCACCUGCAUUUCCGUCGUCCCAGUGGCAUCGCAAAUCGUUCGGGACCUGGACGGCGAUGACGGCAGCUCACGGGAUUCGGCCUCGCGGGCCGCCAGCGCCGCCCUCCUGGUGACCAUCUGGGAGCUCGGCGAGGCAGCGGGCCCGCUACUGAUCGCCCCGCUGUCCGAGAUCUACGGCCGGUGGCCCGUCAUCAACGGCGCCAACAUGCUCUUCGUGCUGACCACCGUGCUGGCCGCCACGUGCCGCCGCACCGACAUGUUCAUCGCCGCCCGCGCCAUGACCGGCGCCGCCGUCGCCACCAACGUCCUCAACCCGGCCAUCGUCGGCGACAUGUUUGUGCGCGAGGAGCGCGGCAAGCCCAUGAGCCUGUGCAUCUUUGCCCCCAUGCUCGGCGGGGCCGUCGGGCCCAUGCUCAGUGGCGCCGUCGCCCAGACCCUGGGCUGGCGGAGCUUCAUCUGGAUCAGCGCCGGGUUGGCUGCCGGCUGCGAGCUCAUCUUUCUGUGCUUCUUUCGCGAGACCUACAAGGUCGCCAUACUGAAGAAGAGGAGAACGGCUGCCGCCGGAGAGGCCAAGGAGCGGAGCCGCCGCGUGGCCUACGGAACCGUGCAGGACUGCCAGAAGGUUGAGAGUCCGGCCAGCAACAGACAGAUGCUGUACGAGGCCAUUCUUCGGCCAGGCAUCGUUCUUUGGGGUUCUGGUGUGCUUUUGGCUCUUGCGUUUGCCGGUUCCAUCUCCUUUUCGUACUUUUACAUCAUUUCGGUGACGCUACCGGAAUUGUUGGCGGAGCGGUAUGGAAUGACGCCUGCACAAACGGGUGCUUCACUGCUCAGUUGGAGCUGCGGAGGCUUCAUCGCCAUCUUCAUCUGCAACCGCUUUCUAGACAGCAUCUACAUCAAACUGCGCGACAGUAACAACGGCCGUGGCCUCCCCGAGUACCGCCUCCCGCUCGUCGUCCUCGGUGCCGUUACCGUUCCUCUCGCCACGGCCGGCUAUGGCUGGUCGGCCGAGCUACGCCUCCCGCUCCCCGUCUUGCUCGCUACCGUCGUGCUAAUGGGCGUGUCCAUCAUGCUGACGGCGAUGCCGCUGAUGGCGUACGUGGUCGAUGCCUUUGGCGUCUACUCGGCUUCGGCUAUCACCGGCGUCAUCAUCCUCAGGUGCCUGAUGGGGGCUUUCCUCCCCCUAAUGGUCGCGCCGCUCGUGCGGAGCCUGGGCUGGGGCUGGGCCUUUAUGUGCUUGGCGGGUCUCAUCGCGGCCGUCGCGCCUAUCCCCAUCCUUAUCUUGCGAUAUGGAGAGCGCUGGCGGGCGGCGAGCCGGUAUUCGAGGGAUGCCUGAGGCUCAGGCUACGAAGUGUAAUGAGGAAUGCGCACGCGCCGAGGAUUGAAAAUGAUGCAUGAUUGGGCAAUUACAGAGAUUCCAUGAUAAAACGAAAAAAAUAAUAAAAGUUCUACGAUGAGGUAUCUAGAUAAAAUCAUCAUCAAUACACA